UAUAUUUCACAUAUACAUCAUCCGAUGGUGGUGUGAUUGGCCCCCGCGUUUUUAUCUCUCCCAGCUGUGUGUAUGGACGGCCGCGUGUGUUGUUUUUCGUGUGUUUGGUAUACGCGCGCGCGAACCGCGAAUAAAGGUCGAUGACGAUGCAACGGGUUCAAGAUCAGGACAAUGGGAUCAACAUCAAAUUUGGCUCGGGUAAAUCCCGAAAGGGCGACUAUAGGCUGGUAUCUCAGGAAACCGACAACAACAAGGACCGUCUAAAUGGGACCAAUAAGACAGAAAAAAAUGAAAAGGUAGAAGAGGAGUUAAUCCCACCGGACGGAGGCUGGGGAUGGCUAGUGCUUCUGGCCGCCGUCAUGGUGAAUCUUCUCAUCCCUGGCACCAUCAAGUCCUUCGGAGUAUUGUUCGUCGAAUUUCUCGAUGUAUUUGACGCAUCACCAGCAGCAGCUGCGUGGAUACCGUCGCUCUGUUAUUUCUUAUACAGUUCGCUGGGCCCAUUCUCUAGUGUACUUUCGGUCAAGUAUUCCUAUCGUACGGUAACUUUAAUAGGGGGGACAUUUGCUGCGGUGGGGAUGAUGCUGAGCUAUUUCGCGAACUCUGUGGCCUUUCUAUGCGUAAGUUAUGGUGUACUGGUAGGUACGGGAGCGGGAUUAGCGUUUCCUCCGACUGUAUAUAUCGUGACGUCUUAUUUUGUACGGCUACGAGGACUUGCCAACGGACUCUGCAUCUCCGGCAGUGCGUUAGGCUCGAUAUUUCUUCCACCCGUUUUGGGCUUUCUUCUACGAGAGUAUGGUUAUAGAGGCGCAGUAUUAAUAAUGGGUGCUGUUACAUUAAAUGUCUGGGCGAGUGCGCUUCUGUACCACCCAGUGGAAUGGCACAUGAUACCAGCUCGAUCUCCGGAUGACAAUGACGUGCAUGACGACGAGGAAACCGUCACUAGCAGCCCGGAGCAAGCAACCGAGAAGAGUAACAGCCAGCUGUUAUCGUCGAAUUCGACGAGCGAGAAAGCCGCGCCGAUCGUACCGAAAAGCGCAUCAAGCGUUGCCCUGGAGUAUUACAAAAACACACCGGUGCAGAACCGCACGCGAAAGAUCAGCGCACCUAUCGGACGCGAGAUCAGUGGCCAGAUGCACAGCACGCCGACGUUACACGCCGUGCCGGAGGGUCGUGGUAGCGUGACCGAUUCCAAUAAAUACUCCAGGACAUUUGCAAGAUCACCGUUGAAUUCGCCUAGCGAUUCGUCCUUCAAUUACGUCAGCACACCGUAUCACGGUAGCACCCUAUCGGUCCUGCAUCCAGAACGUGCAUCUACAUUGACGCUGAACGCUAUUUCCAAUACAUUCGCUAGAAAAUCGAUGACGACCAGCGGGCAGGAGACGCGGCGUAAGGAUGAAAAAAGCCAACAGAACAAAUUCUUCGAUGUUAGCCUGCUUAAGGAUCCCAUCUACCUCGUCAUUCUUAUUUCCAAUUCCACCAAUGCCAUCAGCUACACCAAUUUCGUCAUUCUGUUACCAGCCUACGCCAUCUCUCUGGGUUUCGACAAUUGGGAUGCAUCAUUGCUACUGUCGAUCGUCUCUAUGCUCGACCUGGUGGGCCGUAUCGGCGGCUCCGCCCUUUCCGACAUCAAGAUCAUGCCUAAGCAUUGGUAUUUCAUUGGCGGUCUGUUCGCUUCCGGCAUUUCUUUGGCCAUCCUACCCACCUCCAACACGUAUGUCAUGCUGUCCGUCUACUGCUCUUUCUUCGGUCUCGCGUCUGGUAUCUAUGUUGGCAUCACCGCCGUUAUUAUGGCCGACAUGCUGGGAACGGAGAAGCUUACUUCGUCCUAUGGUAUCUCGUUGUUCGUCAACGGCGUCAUUCAGCUGGUGGGGCCACCCAUUUGUGGGAUAGUGUACGAGCAGAUCGGCAGCUACGGACCGAUCUUCAGUAUACUUGGCAUCAUUCUAGUAUUCGGCGCGUCUCUUUGGGGUAUUGUGCCAUUCAUCCGACGAAGACAGGCAGCGUUGGAGAAAUCCGCCAAAAUAGAUAAAGUAUAGUAGACCAAAUAAAUGAAAAGUAUAUAAAAUAUGACAAUUUUUGUCCAUCAUUAGUACUGGACACUCUUUUCAUAGUUUUACGUUUUAAAAUCUGAGUUUUAGGAUAGUACAUAUUAUAUAUGAUAGAAUGCAUAUAUGAUAGAAAACUAUUCUCAUUUUCAAGUUUUAAAAUGUAAUGUUAUGAAGAAAUUAUAUAUAUAAUCGAGUCGCGACAUAUGACUCGAUACUUCGUAAAGGCACACAUGAGCUUAAUUGCGCAAUUGCUUAAAGAUGGCCAUGUAUACACGUAUGCAUGUAUAUAAGAGAGAGAGAGAGAAAGAGCGAAAACGUGGCCGAACAUUAAACUGUGAUGUUAGCGUGAAUGUAAUGUAUCGAAGCUACACUGGCGAAGAGUUUUCGGAUCGAGCAAAGCUUUGGAAUUUGAGCAUUUUGCUUAGUCCGAUAAUUUUUCGCAUAAAUUGUCUACGAUGUAUGAUUGUAUGACUGUCGAAUAAUUAGUAAUUAUAGUAAUUAUAAUUGAUUGCCAAAUAGAACGGUAAAUGUGAGAAAAUCUUAUUGUACCAAAUAUCAGUUUACUAUCAGUUUACUAUCUUGAAUAAUAACCGAAAAUUGUGCGUAAUUAAUUAAUACAAAUCGUUAAUUUAAAACCUAUAUUUCAUUCUCUAUAGUAUUACAUUUUUCAUUAGUGAAUUGACUGAUAAAAAUGAUAUGAUAUAAUGAUGUUUACCAUCUUUAUCAGUAAUUUUGAUUAUUACGUGCACUGAAUGAGAGAUAAUUCCAUCAUAUCAACAUUUUUUUUCUUGUAAUAUAAAACGGAAUGCUGAAUAUGUGUUGUUAUAUUUUUGAAGACAUAGCUAUAAUACAAGAAUGUCAUUUAGUAAAAAUCUAGUUUAUUAUAAUAUCAAAACACGAGAUUGAGAUAAGUACAUAGAAAUAUAAUAAAAUGCAUUUACAUUUAGUUUAUAUUUAUAAUAAAAUAUAUUUACAAUGAAAAUGUAAAAUGUAAAAAGUACUUAAAAGCGAGAAGUGCUUAAGAUGAUAAAACUAUAAGAAGUUAGCAAAUAAUAAAAGUUUCUUUUCUAUUUUUAAGAAUAAAAUUAGUACAAGAUAUAUACCGCUCUUUGAAAACUAAAUGAGAAAUAUAUAGAUACACAUGCAACGGUCCGUUUUAAAUUACAAGAAACCGAAAAGUUUCAACUAGUGAAAUCAAUUUCACUCUGUCAGCGAUAUCAGAUUUGAUCACAUUUACCGCCAAGUAUACGCUCUUAUAUCGGUGAUGAGGUAACGUAUAAUGCGGCCUCACGCACCGCGUAGUCCAUUUUUGACUAUAAAGCGUAUUAUUUAGGGAAACAAUUUUCGAGAAAAAAACUUUUUUGAGAAAUCGCUUCUUUUCUCGGAAGUAGAAAGAAAGAAUAUAUUUCUGCCUUAUAACCGAAGAAAGAAAAAAUUACCCUCUCUCUGAAAGUAAAAGUUUUGCAUCGGCACGAAAAAUAAUUCAAUUUUACUUGAAUAUUUAGUGAAAAAACAAUGGUCACGAUUGGUACUAACUGUGCAUCGGAAUAAAAAUACGAUGACAAUAUAGCAUGUACCAAUUUCGUUUCUAUAAACGAAUCUAGUAAUAAAGUAAAUUGGCACACAAUUGUAGAUACAAUAUCUAUUUCUAAAGACUUAAUCGCACACACGUAUGUAAAUGCGAUCUUACUGCUAGAAUGACUAGAAUGCUAGAAGAGUGGAUCUUAUUUAUGAGAACUAUAGUUAUUAAACAAAGACCAGAAUUCUGGUAUGGGUUACCAUUCUCUCUCUAAAUUAAGAAUGAAUUAAUGAAAAGGAUCUACAACAAUAAUAAGACGUGAUUGUAUAAGCAA